AGGGAACGUGAAUUCCAGUGGAUUCUUCAUUGCAUCAACCUUGGAUCAACCGAGUUACGUUGUUGAACGUCAUACGGCGUUCGUUACGUGUCUUUUUACUUUAAAUGAACUAAAAUUUCGACGCUCGCGUGUUGUAUAAGUUUGAAAAAUAAGUGCGCGAAGUGUUUCAAUAAUAGUAUUUUAUUAGUAAUAGGACAGGUUGUUACUAGUGGGGGAAUAAAAUGGGCAGAUCGCGAUCACGAAGUAAAUCUCCAUCUAGUAGGAGACGACACAAAAGUAAACACUCCCGUAAACGCUCCAAAUCUCGCGAAAAACAUACCAGUAGCAAGUAUGCAGAGAAACCUAAAGAGCGAAGCUCAAAGUCAAGAAAAAGAUCACAUUCCGCCUCAACCAGUAGCGGUUCCGACGUUUCAGAUGAUGUGCACAUCGUGAGUCAUAAAAAACGUUCAUACAGAGACAGGGAUCGUAAGAUGGAUGAGGUCGAGAGGCUUGCCGAAAUGGAAAGGCAAAGGAAAAAGAGAGAGUCGGAUAAAAAGUUAAUGAACAAAAUCCUUGCCACAAGUGCGGUCGGGCGGCAGCGAGAAGUGGAGCAAAAGAUGGUAGAGGAAGAAGCUGCGAAACGAAUUGAAGAACUUGUACAAAAGCGAGUAGAAGAGGAACUGGAGAAACGGAAGGAGGAGAUAGAAGCUGAGGUACAGCGACGGGUGGAGGAGGCCAAACGGGCUAUGGAGCGUCAAAUGAUGGAGGAGAUGGAGUGGCGCCAAGCCAAACUUAGAGAGGAGGAGAAACGAAGAGAGGAGGAAGAACGGAAAAAGCGAGAGGAGCUUGAGAGGAUCUUGGAGGAGAACAACAAAAAAAUUGAGGAGGCGCAGAAAAAACUGGCCGAGGAAAGGCUGGCGAUGGUCGAGGAGCAACGCCUGAUGGAAGAGGAGAGACAAAAAAUGCGGAAAGAGCACGAGAAGCGUGUAAAAGAGGAACAGAAGAAAAUACUGGGAAAGAAUAAUUCAAGGCCAAAGUUAUCCUUUUCAUUGAAACCAGUUACGUGAGCUGUGCUACUGGUGUGUAAGUGUGAUGUGAUAUGGUAUGUGUAAUUGUGAUAUACUUAUAAUUUUCCUGUACUUUAGCCAUUAUGUGUCAAGAGAGACGUAUAUUUUGACAUUGAUACUAGAGAGAUUCUCUUCCACCUCAAAUGUGCUAACUGCCUUUCAUUGUAACAUAUUUUAUAGAUUGAAUGUUGCUACAAUUUUAUAGAUCCUUGGAAUCCAAUUGUACGAUUAUCUACUUUGAAAACUGUCCAUAGACGUAGUAUGAAUUUUACAUUUGUUGCACCAAUUGAUGCAAAUGUUAAUCGUUGCCUGGUAUGAUCUCUGACUGUGUGUGGCCACAUUUUUAACAUUCUCACUAGCGACAGUAGCUCUACAGAUAUUGGAAGAUUAUCUGAAUGUGUGAGACAAUCGUUCUAGUAUCAAUCAUGUGUAUAUACCAAUUUCAGCUUAUUUUGCACACUAAAAAUAAGUAAUGCGGAAAUUAUUGAUUGCACAAUAGCAAUUUUGCCUAAUAUUGCAACAUUAUUGAAAUAAAAAUGAACGAGUGUGACCAGAAGCACUGCGCUUACAUGGAAAAUUUUCAUGUACAAUACUUUAGAAAAUUUGAAGUAGACGUUAAUUGGUACUAGCAUCAAUAACCGGCUACCGAAUUUUCUUGUAAAUUAAACAUUAAAAACUUUAAUAGCAUAGCAGCGAAUCUCGUAUUAAUUUAAGAUCCGUUAACGAACAACCAUGCUUUGCUAAAAUUAUAGGUUUAAGGCUUUUGAUACAGAGUGGAAAUCCUAAGCAUCAGGUAACAUGUUUUACUUUCUAGAAAAUAUAUAUUCAAUUAUUACAGUUCCCAUGUAUCGUACCUCAUAAUAACCAGGCUAGUAGCAAUUAAUUAGAUGGCUUCACUUGAAAUAAAAAAAAAAAAAAAAUUGUAAAUAUCCAGUGCAGCGAUUGACAGGUGAUGGAGACUGUAGAACAGCUGUUUCCACAAAGUCCGUGUCGUUCUGUUGUUACAUCUCACCAGAGGUAAUAAUUAUAUUAUGUUGCCUUUGUUAUAACUCAUUUCCAAAUAAGCGAAGAUUGAAUAAAUCGGUGAUUAAAUAUCUGAUUAGUACGAAUGUGUAUUCCGAUUAUAUCCGUAAUAUUUGGAUUCCUUGAAUACAAACAAAGCAUCGAAGGAAUUCGAAUGAAUCGAGUAUAUAAUCUAAUGAUUCUUUUUGACUAAAAUUUGUAACGAGUGAAAAUGGUACCAAACGCAGAAAUAAUUUUGGGUAUUGAACCUUACAAUCAGUUUGUACAGUUUGAUUCUGAUUCUGAGAGCAAAUCAAGUACACUUGUUAACAUAAGGUUACAUGAGUUAAUCACCACUAUGUUAAUUGUAUGUACAAUAAAACAGAUUUUUAUUAA